AUGCUCUCCUUCGUCCAUACUCUUAUUCUUGCUCUUUUGUGCUCAAUCAUCUUCGUUGAAGCGAUGCCAAGGUAAGUCAAAAUUGAUAAAUGUUUCAGAAGAUAGAACACAGAACUGAAUUCAAAUAGAAAAAAAAACAAUUUUUUCUGGAAACUCUUGAAAUUUUCUUAUUUUCAAUUGAUCUAAUGAAAAAAAUUGAACUCUAUUUUAGGUUCAUAUUUGAACUCAAACAAGAAAUCCUGGCAUUAGGGUUUUCGCUAAACCCACCCACCAUAUCGCUGGGUAUCAGCGGCGCCAAAACAGUCCGCUGAAAAAAUACUGACGCUUUUGGGUGCCCUGGGCGAGCUCUAGUGCUGAGCAAGCGCCCGGCUCACGUUCCGUUUUUCUCGACCUCAUCUUAUCGCUCCUACUAGACUAAAUUUCAAUAUUCAUAAGAAAUAUCCAAAAUUUUAUCAAUAAAAUCCCAUUAGAAUCUCUUGUUGAGAGAAAAACAGAAUAAAAUUCACAUCAAAAAGUAGCGGGAAAAAAGUUGAAACGUUGUGCUGUACACGCUCCAUCAACCAAACCUUUUUUGAGUAUUACUUUGGUGGUGUGAGAAAGAAUUCGUACUUGUAGUAUGAAAUAUUCACGAGAUUUUGUUCCUUGCUUUCUAAUUUGAAUGAUUAGCGAUCAUAAAUAUUCAUACUUAUUAUAAAGUGCGGAUGCAAUUGAAUUAUUCAUUUGAAAGCAAAAAAUAUCUGAUUAUUCAUAUUAUUAUAAAGUAUAAUAAAAGUAAUGAUUUCAUAUAUACAUUUUUUUUCCACACAUGACUCCGCCUAUUUUUUGGAUAAGUAAAAGGAAGAAGAAACUUUGAAAGGAAAGUGAUAAAUUCUUGUCCAUUGGGAUUAAAGUGUGAAAUUUUUGGAAAUAAAAACUCAACUCAAGUGUUUAUAUAGCUUUUUUCGAAGAAUCUCGUUUCAAGAAUCUGAUGCUUAUAUAAAUAAACAGCAAAUUUAAAAUGCAUAAAUCGUCAUAUUUUGUUUUCCAUAUAAAGUUAAAUGGAAAAAACAAAACUCGAAAUAGAAGAAAUAAAAAAAUACGAAUCGAAGAAAUGACAAAGUAUGGGCAUAUAUCAGAAGAAAACAAUAUUUUUCCAGAAACCGACCAGCCAAAAAGGCCAUGCGCAAUUCUUUGGUUCGAUUCGGUAAACGAGGUGGAGGUGAACAACUAGCAGCUGAUGAUGUGUUUUUGGGAGAAUCAUAUGGACCAGUUGAAACAUAUGAACAAUUCAGAGGAGAUAGCUACGCCAACCAAGCUCCAUCAGUCAUCUUCUAUUAA